AAAGACCAAUAGCACAUAGUGAUCGUGAUAUCAAUAUACUUCCUUGAAUAAGAUUAUUUAUGUAAUUGCAUUUAAGGAUGGCUUUGAUCACAAAGAAAUAAUGAUAUAAGAUGAAAUAUUGUUUUACUCGGGUGGAUUUGGUAUGGACCAAAAGUUAAUUGAUGUAGUUAACUGUAGUUAGCAGAAACCUGUUUGCAAAAAUGGCACCCCUUUCUGACGAAGAAAAUAACUACAUACGAUUAGCCUUAUUGUUAAAAGGAGUGUCCCCGAGAGCAGUACGUACUUUCUUCGACAAAGAAUUUCAACCUUCCAACUUGCAUUCAACAUUCAGUAAGAACUCCAAAAUUCUGCGUGACUUGAAAUCACAGAAAAUCUUGAACAAAAAUCAAUGGAAUCUUUUGUUUCCAAAAUAUGGUUUGACUAAUUCAAGCAAUUUUGAUGUAACUUUGAUGAUCUGUUUGAUCAGAAACUUGACAACCGUUACUCCUCCAUUAACUGGAUUUGACGCUUUACCAACACAGAUGGAGACAACCCCAGGAUCUGAUUUGGCCAGAAUAAAAUGGUACCGGAACAGAUUAGCACAUCGAGAAAGUGAUACAAUAGACACUGUUUAUUUCAAUACCGCCUGGGGACAUAUAUCAGAGGCUGUAUGUAGAUUGGGUGGUCAAAUGAUGAAACACGAAUGUCAAGAGUUAAAAGUUAAAAUCUUAGAUCAGUCAAAUCAAGAAAUUAUGAUCGGAAUCAAACAAUCAAUGAGAGAGAUAAGAGAAAUGCGAGACAUAAUGGAAAAUCGGGACCGACAUUGGAAGGAAGUUUUAAAACAGAUUGUAGACCUCACUGGUGACGAAUGGGUUGGGAGAGGAGACACACAGAGAAAUGUUAUAGACCUAACUGAAUCUGAUGAUUCAAAGACAAAGAAGAGGAAACGUUGGGACGAAUCAGAUGUCAUCGUAAUUGAUAUUGUAGACCUCACUGGUGACGAAUGCGUUGGGAGAGGAGACACACAGAGAAAUGUUAUAGACCUAACUGAAUCUGAUGAUGUGAGUAGAAUCCUGUUAUUUAUUCAUUUUGCCAUUAUUGGCAAAUAA